AAUUGGUUCCGACCCGUCUCUCCCCUCGCUUCCGCGAGCCCUAAGGAUGAAUCUUUUUUGAGGGGCAUUCUCGCUGUCGAUUCUUGUGAUUUAUUUCCGUACUUAUUCGUUUUCCCAACCUUCUCGGACUAUUUAAACCUUGGGUUGGCAGACAAGUGAUUUCUGUAUCAUUGCAUUUCACCUUCACUUGAGAAGAAAUUCUUCACUUAGAUUGGUUUCAGAAAUCAUCAGAAAAUGCCUUCACUGCAGUUAUUGCCAUUAACUGAACAUGGGCGAAGCCUUCUGGUAUCUAGGAGGAGAACGUUGGCAGCAGUCUCAGCUGUGUUAGUGGCUGGUGGAACUUUUGCAUACAUGCAAUCACGUCAGAGUCGAAUAUCUCUUAAUUCACAUGAUUCUUUAAAUCACAUCACUUCUAGAGAAAACGAAGAGAGUUUGAGCCAAAAUAGUGUUAAUGAUCAGCUGGUUCGACCAGCAAGGCAGAGAAGAAAAGGAAUGAGAUCUUUACAUGCUUUAGCUGCAAUCUUGCUCUCCAGGAUGGGGCCAAAUGGCAUGCGCAACCUUCUGUUCUUAGUGACUACUGCGUCCACUUUGUAUUCAACUUCAAAGUACUUGACAGGAGCCUUAGGUCUACGAUUCAGAAAAAUUUUGACAGAACUGAUACAUUCUGAUUAUUUCGAGAAUAUGGUGUACUAUAAAAUCUCACAUGUCAGUAAUCGAACCAGCAGCCCAGAGCAGCGGAUUGCUAGUGAUAUACCAAAGUUUUGUUCUGAAUUGAGUGACCUUAUACAAGAGGAUCUCACUGCAGUUGCUGAUGGUCUGAUAUAUACCUGGCGCCUUUGUUCAUAUGCAAGUCCAAAAUAUGUGCUCUGGAUACUGGCAUAUGUCUUAGGGGCAGGUGCAGCUAUUAGGAACUUCUCUCCUGCAUUUGGAAAACUAAUGUCCAAGGAGCAACAGUUGGAAGGGGAUUAUCGGCAGCUUCACUCACGAUUAAGGACUCAUGCUGAAAGUGUAGCGUUCUAUGGAGGAGAGAAUAGAGAAGCAUCUCAUAUCAAAGAGAAGUUUGAGAAGCUUAUAAAACACUUGAACAUUGUGCUUCAUGAUCGUUGGUGGUUUGGAAUGAUUCAAGACUUCCUCUUGAAGUACCUUGGUGCUACUGUUGGGGUGGUCCUGAUUAUUGAGCCCUUUUUUGCUGGUAAUCUUAGACCUGAUGCUUCAACACUAGGAAGAGCAGAAAUGUUGAGUAAUCUUCGUUAUCAUACAAGUGUGAUUAUGUCGCUUUUCCAAUCACUCGGGACUCUCUCCAUCAGUUCUGCACGACUUAACCGUCUCAGUGGUUAUGCUGACCGCAUUCAUGAUCUAAUGAUUGUUGCAAAGGAGCUAUCUGCUACCUACAACAGAUCAGUGAUUCAGAGAAGUACCAGUGGAAAUUAUAUCAGUGAAGCAAAUUAUAUUGAGUUUGCAGGUGUUCAGGUAGUUACACCGACCGGAAAUGUAUUGGUGGAUGAUUUGAGUCUCAGGGUAGAAUCAGGCUCUAAUCUACUAAUCACUGGUCCCAAUGGAAGUGGGAAAAGUUCUCUCUUCCGGGUUCUUGGAGGUCUUUGGCCACUGGUAUCUGGCUACAUUGUAAAACCUGGGAUUGGUUCAGAUCUCAAUAAGGAGAUUUUCUAUGUGCCACAACGGCCAUAUACAGCAGUUGGGACACUUCGUGACCAGUUGAUUUAUCCCCUUACAGUGGAUCAAGAGACUGAACCACUCACCCAUGAGGGAAUGGUUGAGCUCUUAAGAAAUGUUGAUCUUGAGUAUUUGCUGGAUCGUUACCCAUUGGAAAGGGAAAUUAACUGGGGAGAUGAGCUUUCCCUUGGUGAACAACAGAGGCUUGGAAUGGCUAGGUUGUUUUAUCAUAAGCCUAAGUUUGCUAUUCUUGAUGAGUGUACAAGUGCAGUCACAACCAAUAUGGAGGAACGCUUCUGUAAGAUGGUUCGAGCAAUGGGGACAUCAUGCAUAACAAUCUCACACCGACCUGCUUUAGUUGCAUUCCAUGACAUAGUUUUGUCAUUAGAUGGGGAAGGAGGAUGGAGAGUCCAGUUUAAGAGAAAAACUCAAUCCCUUCCUUCUGAGACAAUUCCUGAUUUACCAAAUUCAUCAGAAAUUAAUCGUCAAAAUGAUGCACUAGCUGUUCAAAGAGCUUUUUCUACCAGUGGAAAGGGAAACACAUUAUCAGAAUCAGAGGUUCAUCCGUAUUCUAGUAGGGUCAUUAUAUCAUCACCUGAAAUUGACAAGAAAGUUCCACUUCCAAUUGCUCCGCAACUGCAGAAGCCUCCAAGGGUGCUGCCGCAUAGAGUUGCUGCAAUGUUCAAUGUACUGGUUCCCUCCCUAUUUGAUCGACAAGGCAUGAAGUUGUUUGCAGUUGCUUUACUUGUGGUGUCUAGAACAUGGAUCUCAGAUCGCAUUGCUUCCUUGAAUGGGACCAGUGUAAAGUAUGUCUUGGAACAGGACAAAGCAGCCUUUAUUCGGUUGACUGGUUUAAGUGUUCUUCAAAGUGCUGCAAACUCUUUCGUUGCACCUACAUUAAGGCAUCUCACUGCCAGGCUUGCCCUUGGAUGGCGAAUUCGAUUAACUCAUCAUUUACUUAAAAAUUAUCUGAAGAGAAAUACUUUUUACAAGGUGUUCCACAUGUCUGGUAAACGUAUUGAUGCAGAUCAGAGAAUAACACAUGAUGUUGAAAAGUUGACUUCUGACCUCUCAGGAUUGGUUACUGGUAUGGUAAAACCAUCUGUAGACAUUAUUUGGUUCACAUGGAGGAUGAAACUCUUAAGUGGAAGAAGAGGAGUUGCUAUAUUGUAUGCUUAUAUGCUUCUGGGUUUGGGCCUUUUGAGAAGUGUCGCUCCAGAAUUUGGUGAUCUAGCAAGUAAGGAACAACAGCUUGAGGGGACUUUUAGGUAUAUGCACUCAAGACUACGCACACAUGCUGAAUCUAUUGCUUUCUUUGGUGGUGGUUCUCGGGAAAAAGCAAUGCUUGAUUCAAGAUUCAGGGAAUUGCUUCAGCACUGUGAGAUCCACCUGAGAAAUAAGUGGCUAUAUGGUAUACUGGAUGAUUUCAUCACAAAACAACUCCCGCACAAUGUAACUUGGGUACUGAGCCUAUUGUACGCUGUGGAGCAUAAAGGCGACCGUGCACUGACUUCCACUCAAGGGGAGCUUGCACAUGCACUGCGGUUCUUAGCAUCUGUUGUGUCGCAAAGCUUUUUAGCAUUUGGAGAUAUUCUUCAGUUGCAUAAGAAGUUUCUUGAGCUCUCUGGUGGUAUAAAUAGGAUUUUUGAGCUCGAAGAACUUCUUGAUGCUGCCCAAAACGAGGGUUCUUUACCUGAUGCUUCUUUGUGCUCUGAUGCAAAUGACACCCAUGCUCAAGAUAUUAUUUCAUUCAGAAAGGUGGAUAUUAUUACUCCAUCACAAAAGCUACUGGCUAAGCAAUUGACUUGUGAUAUCGUACAUGGGAAAAGUCUACUUGUUACUGGUCCAAAUGGGAGUGGAAAAAGUUCCCUUUUUAGAGCUCUUCGAGGCUUAUGGCCAAUUGUAUCUGGAAGUCUUGUGAAGCCCUGCCACAACAUGUUUUAUGUUCCACAGCAGCCAUAUACAAGCCUAGGGACUUUGAGGGAUCAAGUCAUAUAUCCUCUCUCACGUGAAGAAGCAGAGCUGAGGAUGAUAUCUAUGGUCAGAACUGGCAGUGGUUCUGAUGCUACUCUUCUCCUGGAUGCUCACCUAAAAACUAUUCUAGAAGGUGUUAGAUUAGUUUAUCUUCUUGAACGAGAAGGCUGGGAUGCUACUGCUAACUGGGAAGAUGUUCUCUCUUUAGGAGAACAACAGAGGCUUGGAAUGGCCCGCUUAUUCUUCCACCACCCUAAAUAUGGUGUCCUGGAUGAAUGUACCAAUGCCACUAGUGUUGAUGUUGAAGAACACCUGUACAGACUAGCAAAUGAAAUGGGGAUAACAGUUAUCACAUCCUCGCAGCGACCUGCCCUCAUACCAUUCCAUUCCAUGGAGUUGAAACUUAUUGAUGGUGAGGGCAAGUGGGAAUUAUGUGCAAUCGACCAAUGAUGGCAUCUAUAUGCCAGAAUCUUCAGUUGUAAUUACAUUCCUAUUUUUUGGUCAUUUGUUCCAUACGAUGCAUCAGAGAUGCUAAAGUUUCCCACACAAAAUUCAGCUAGUUGUCAUUAUGUGCUAACACAAUUGAAGCCAGAUGCAUGGAUGGAUCCAGAUGGACCAGAUCUCCACUAGAUGCGUAGUUAUCUCAAAGGCGAAGUUUGUUCUUCAGAAAUAUUCGCGCCAUAAGACGACUCUGACUCAGAUUCGUAGCAGGAUAAUAGCAAUGUCUAUGCCUGAGAUGUUGACCAAGGCAUAUUAUUCAGAUAGAAAUUAUACAAGGGCUUGCAUCUGACACUUAAAAGAUGCUGAUAGUGGUUGGAUGCUCCUAAACAACAUUAUUUUAGAAUAAGAUGUCAUUGUUUGACAGAUUGAUUGAAAUAAUUCUCAGAAUUGACUCCUGUUAUCAAAUUCCAAUAUCGACUGGUUCAACUUGGUUGCAUGGGGUGGGGGAGACUGAGAAAUUGUCACCAUAACCAUAUGGAUAGAGAGGAAAGUCUUAGAUGAUUGUUGUAUUUUUUUGACACAUUUUUUCCUAGUGUUAUUUUUUAAAUUCUUCUGAGUAAAUGUAAAUUUUGCUGGAUGUUUUUGGAUCCAGAUUUAUUUAACUUAAA